AUGUCUCCAGCUGCCAUUCAUUCCACAAAUUAUGGGAAGCAUGAUUUGGCUGAGCGGAUAGAGCAGUUAGAAGUGUCUCGCCGUGGUGACGAUACUUAUGGAGGUGCUUUCUCCAAGCUUAAAGAACCUGUGGAACGAAUGGCAGCUGCGGGCAUUAUAUGGCCUGCUUACUUAACGGCAGACUCUGUGGCAACCGGUGCACUCGGUGUCCUCGUGAGUAACUUGUUCAGUCAUUCUGGAACUCUUGAUCCAAACCUCCAGCUGCAAGCGUUUUGGGCACCAUUUCUCCUACUGCACUUGGGUGGGCCUGACACGAUCACUGCCUAUUCUUUCGAGGACAACGAGUUAUGGUCAAGGCACUUCCUUCAGUUGAUCGUCCAGACAGGAGUUGCAUUUUACAUCCUUCUCAUGGCGUGGACGGGGUCCCACAUUUCAAUUCUAACAAUGCCAAUGAUUUUGGCAGGGCUUAUCAAGUAUGGAGAAAGAACAUGGGUCCUUUGGUCUGCAAGCAGCUCUGAGCGACGUAGAUCAUUGAAACCUGUCUCUCAAAACAUGGUGCAACCUUCGUCUGAUGGUGAAGGUGAUAAAUUGCUUCUUGCCUAUAGGAUGUUUGAUAUGGCCAAGCAUCUCUUUGCAGGUCGUCCAAUACCUGCAACAAAAAAGUCUGCUACGGCUAACCACCAAAAGUUGAGCUUUAAUGUUUCGGAGAAAAUAUCCCCCAAAAGCGCUUUUGAAGUAAUUGAAAUGCAGCUUGGAUUUAUGUACGAUUUGCUCUACACCAAGGCAUUGGUGACCUACACUCCCUGUGGCGUUGCUCUACGGUUCACCAGUUUUCUUCUCACCAUCAUUGUGCUGGUGUUAUUUUAUUUGGCACCUCACAACACACAAAGGUACUCAAAGCUUGAUCUUUGCAUAACUUUCCUAUUGCUAGCUGUGGCCAUUCUCUUAGAGCUUUAUGCGGCACUUUUAUUGUUAUUGUCAGACCACACUGUUGUCUGGUUGAGAAAACAUAACAGAAAUAACAUCUCCCAAGCCAUUACUUCUCUCUCACUACCUAGAAAUCCUAGAUGGUCAAAUUCCAUGGGUCAAUUCAGUUUCCUAAGCUACUUCCUAAAUGAAAAACCCAUGGAUUUCGAUGGAAUCCUAGUGCUCUUAAAAAUAAACGAAAAGCUAGAGAAACAACGAUAUGUAGCUUAUCGUCAGGUCCUGGAGGAUUUGAAAACAUGGUUAAUCACACAUUCUCGGAAAUAUAGGGAGCGUCUGGAAGAGUUUUCAUCAGAAAUUGGCGAGGCCUUUUCAAAGAAUUUUGUAGCUUCAAUAACAUUGGGUUAUUAUGGUCUUGAUCUGAGCAUUCUGUCUUCCAUGACUAAGAUUGAUUUUCAGCAAGCAAUCCUCGUUUGGCACAUUGCUACAGAACUCUUGUAUAACCUAGAUGACCACUACUUCACCCAAAAAAAUCAAGAAACCAAAUGCAGUAUUGCUGAAAUUUUGCAAGGCAUGGCUAAGAAUACGGUUGCAUUAAACCGUAAAAUGAGCAAACACAUCUCCAGAUAUAUGAUGUAUCUCCUCGCGAUAUCUCCUCACACGUUACCAGGAAGUGAGGCAACUGGUCUGACAACCUUUCAACAGACUUAUAAUGAGGCCAGGAAAAGAUUAGCAGAAUCUUUCAAACCAGAAUUGGAAAGACUCAGAAUUGAAAAAGAAAGAAAACGGAAGAUUAAAAUCCUGGCCUCCAAAUGGUUGUUGGAGCAAGACAUGGAUUUAAUUAGUUUGGAUGAUGUCAAAAAUGGCCAAUUGAAUGGUUCUCUUUUAGCAUACGGGUGUGCAGUCGCUAACACUCUCGUGGACGGCAAACCGGGUGGAGUAGAGAGAGAAGCAAAUGGACGGAGAAUAGUACAAGAAUAUCUCAUGAAGCCAGUGGACCAAAUUACCGAGAAAUUGGGAAGUUUUGGCCGGAGUAUGGGUGGAGUUACUGAUCCAGGCUGGAAAAGAAUGCAAAAGAAGUCAGCACGCCCAACAGCUGAGACAAGGAGGAGAGUUUCUGACUCAUUUCUGGCUUCUCUUUUCUGA